UUUUUGUAUCCUUUUCUUGUCUAGGUGUAUGAAUUUGACAAAAUAGUAUACUAUGCUUUGUGUUAAGAUUUACACAGAGGCGAGAUGUUAACUGUGUUUCUUUUCUAAAGGAGAAACUUCAUCGGAUGAUGAUGAAGAACCAAUGGCCAGUGGUUUUGGUGAUGUUAGUAAAGAAUGCGCUGAGGGUAUUUUAGUUAAAUGGAAUGAUAUUUUAUCAAAAUGGAGAAAAGAUAAUAAUGAGAGACCACCAGAAUUACAAGCACUAAUUAUAAUAGUUUGGCAAUUAUUAGCCGGUAGUAUAGGAAAUGAAACUGAGAUGAUUAAUACAUACAGAUUAUUAUUGACAAAAAACUCAGCUUCUGAACGUAUAAUAUUAAAUGAUUUGAAUCGUACAUUUCCUGCACAUGAAUAUUUCAAAGAAGUUGGAGGAAUUGGUCAAGAGGCUCUGUAUAAUCUGAGUAAAGCUUAUUCUGUUCUUGAUGAAGAAGUUGGUUAUUGUCAAGGUUUAUCGUUUGUUAUUGCUACAUUGUUAAUACAUAUGCCUGAAGAACAAGCGUUUAUGUUGCUGUGCAAAAUAAUGCAAGAUAGCCGUUAUGAUUUACGACACAUGUAUCAAGCUAAUUUUGAAAAUUUACAAAUGAAAUUUCAUCAGUUACUUUGUCUCAUGAGGGUAUGUAUCCAACUGGAAAAGUAGAAGAUCCUGCGAUACUUUUUGCAUAACUUGAGAAUGCACUUGAGAAUAUUUCGGUUUGCGUUCACGGCAAGAUAGUUCAAAGCGUUUUAGAGCACGAAUCAAUUACGAUCUUCAUUUUUGGUUAGUCUUCACUACCUUAAACUUAAAACACAUAGGACAGCGGUUAUUGGUCAUAGUGAGUGAGAUGGUAAUAUCUGAUUUCGAAAAAAAGUCAUAUAUUCAAGCUCAGAUGAAUACUUACUUAUACGGAAUAAUUGAUUUUAGUCUAUUUCCAUCCGAAACUAAAGAAUUUAUAUUUCAUUCAAAAGUCAUCCGAAUCAUUUGAAAGCUUCAUGGUAUAUGUAGCUUGAUCAUAUAUAUCCUAACCACUUUUUGGGAUAGAAGCGGGGGGGGGGGGGGUGGGGGUGGGGGGGGGGGGGGGGGGGGGGGGGGGGGGGGGGGGGGGGGGGGGGGGGGGGGGGGGGGGGGGGGGGGGGGGGGGGGGG